CUUCUGAGCGUCGUACGACGUGGAUUGUCGCGUUCGUCGUUGUCGUUCGCCGCUGUUGGUUCCGUUUUAUCGUGCGAGGCAGAAAGAAGUUAAACUUUUCGCGCCGACAACACCUUCGAAGGCGUUGUAUGACGGUUAAUCAUCAUGGUUUGUUCGGAAAUCGGGCUUCGUUUGCUUUUCCCGCCCCAUCGUCACUUACGAAACUAAUCAUUAUUUUGGAACAUUCCACGCGUGCAUUGGAAGACAAUUUUUGCUUACAUAUUACCUAUACGAACUUGCUUGAGUGCACUAAUCUAGGUGUAGGAUCGUACAUUUUUGAGCGCGGAAAGUAUAUCGAUGCGUACUACGAACGCACGAGACUACAAACACCUACAGAAGAAAAGCAAGAAGAAAUGAUUCAAAACUGUGUUAGUAGGGGUAGGGAAUGCUAGAUGUAGGUUCAAGAUCGUACGCAACUCCCCCUCGCUAGACGAGGCUCGCCUUCUCUCCAACCCCCAAUCAUAAAAGUGGUUACAUGCAGUUGUUGAAGUACGAAGCAAUGAAAUCAUAGUAGAAGGAAUAACAUUGAAGGAAAAACAACGACUCAGCUGUAAGCGAAUUUCAAAUGCCUGCCCACCGCAUUCAUCAACAGCAAUACAAGGAUCCACAUUCGGUCGCCGACGCUUCUAAUGGAAGGGUGCUGCUUAGUACCGCGGUCCGUACCACCAUUCGAGCACUGGUUGUGGGUCCCACCGAUCAAAUCGAGGCCAACAUAGUCACGCGCCGGUAUAGCGCCGCAUUGUCAUCGAAGCUAUAGAAUUAAGAAGUACCAGCAAAUCUCAUCAUUUAAAAAAGGAUUAAACUGCUGUGCAAUAUUGGAAUAAAUGGAUUAACCAGUGCCAACCGGAGACCCCGGAUAUAGUGUGAUAGAAGCUAUUUAUUAGUGGUGACCACAAGGUGAACAAUAUCAGAGCAGCGCAGGCACGCUUCUGAUGGAUUUACGGGCCAAUAUGGGCAAACCCAACCAGACAGUAGCGGAUAAACAACAAAACGAACGUAGAAUACGAGCCAACGAUAGAGAAUACAACACACAAUUCAAAUAUGCGAACAACUACAUCAAAACGUCCAAGUACAGCAUUUUAACGUUUUUGCCUUUGAACCUGCUGGAGCAGUUCCAACGUCUUGCCAAUUUUUAUUUUCUGUGCCUCCUGAUCCUGCAGUUGAUACCGGCAAUCUCCUCGCUAACACCGGUCACCACAGCCAUCCCGUUGAUCGGGGUGUUGAUGCUGACAGCCAUCAAAGAUGCGUAUGAUGAUUUUCAACGUCACAUGUCUGACUCACAGGUCAACAACCGCCGGUCCAAAGCCCUCCGCCACGGGAAACUCGUGGACGAAAGGUGGUCCGGCGUACAGGUGGGGGACAUCAUUCGCAUGGACAACGAUCAGUUCGUGGCGGCGGAUAUCCUGCUGCUGUCCUCCAGUGAACCUAACGGGCUGUGCUUCAUUGAAACGGCUGAACUGGACGGGGAAACGAAUCUCAAGUGCAAGCAGUGUCUGGUCGAGACGGCCGUCAUGGGAAACCAAGAGGACCUGCUGUGGAAGUUCAACGGGGAGAUUGUGUGCGAACCACCGAACAAUCUGCUGAACAAGUUCGAUGGCACCCUAACGUGGAAGAACCAACGCUAUGCGCUGGACAACGACAAAAUUCUGCUGCGGGGCUGCAUCAUCCGGAAUACCCAGUGGUGCUACGGCGUGGUGAUCUUCGCUGGCAAAGACACCAAGCUGAUGCAAAACUCGGGGAAAACCAAGUUCAAGCGGACUACCAUCGAUAGGCUGUUAAAUUUUAUAAUUAUAGGGAUAGUAUUUUUUCUUUUAUCCAUCUGUGGGUUCUGCACGAUAGCGUCCGCAAUAUGGGAAGCGAUAGUAGGCUAUAAAUUUACCAUUUAUCUGCCAUGGGAAAACAUAAUUCCAAAGGAUUAUCUACAGGGUGCUACCAUCAUUGGAUGUCUAGUCUUUUUUUCCUAUGCAAUUGUACUGAAUACAGUGGUGCCAAUUUCAUUAUAUGUUUCAGUAGAGGUAAUACGGUUCGCGCAAUCUUUUCUAAUCAACUGGGACGAGAAGAUGUACUACGACAAGACGAAAACUCAUGCCAAAGCCCGGACGACAACCCUAAACGAGGAGUUGGGUCAAAUCCAGUACAUCUUCUCGGACAAAACGGGCACGCUAACGCAAAACAUCAUGACAUUCAACAAGUGCAGCAUAGCGGGUCGAGCAUAUGGCGAUGUGAUUGAUCUACGGACCGGAGAAGCUGUCGAGGUGUCCGAGCCCACAUUCAACAGCAACACGUCGCUUUUACUAAACGCGGAAGAACCGGCAGGUCACAGCCCCCCACAGCCAAGUUCUGUUUCAACUAUCGACAACCCCAUCAACAUGACCACCUCCAGCAAUACCGUCCCCACGACCGGUUCUACGACAGCCAAAGCCGGAAAUUACGACUACCAAAUACUGCUCCAGCAAGAGCAACCCUUCCCGCCUCAAUCAGUCAGUUCCGCUACUCGAAACACUAGCAAUCUCGUAGCCAGUAGCAAAGACACCACCGGCAACAGACAAGCAAGCUCACUGCACGUUAGAUUCAGUUCGCACAGUAGUAGUCACGAGACUAGAACGAAAGCCACGCCCAUUCACGAGAAGCCACCCGAUUACUACACGGCAAUCGGUGGGACGGUGACGACCUACGGUCCCAAAAAAUCAGAUCUCUCCGCGAUGCAAGAUAAUACUACAACGACUUCCACGACGACAACAGUCUCGACGACCACUGAGCCACCCUGCGGGAGUAAUACGCAAGGAGUGCAUGUCACCGAGCCGGUAGACUUUUCCUUCAAUCCGGAGUACGAACCGGACUUCCGGUGGUACGACCAGGGCCUGCUGGAUGCCGUCCGAGCGGAUGAGGAGCACGCUCACAACUUUUUUCGUCUGCUAGCACUAUGCCAUACGGUGAUGCCGGAGGAAAAGAACGGAAGAUUAGAAUAUCAAGCACAAAGUCCUGACGAGGCUGCGCUCGUUUCGGCGGCCAGAAAUUUUGGAUUCGUUUUCCGAUCCAGAGCACCUAAUAGUAUAACAAUCGAAGUGAUGGGAAGGAUGGAGGAAUAUCAACUGUUGAGUAUUUUAGAUUUUAAUAACGUUAGAAAGCGAAUGUCGGUGAUACUGCAGCGUAACGAUACGAUAAUAUUGUACUGCAAAGGUGCCGAUAGUGUGAUAUAUGAUAGGUUAGGAAGUAAUCAGCAGGACCUGAAGGCUAGGACCCAGGAGCAUUUAAAUAAAUUUGCCGGCGAAGGCCUGCGGACGCUAGUGUUAGCUGAGCGACGACUUACGAAGGAGUUCUUCGACUCCUGGUUGUUGCGGCAACGAGAAGCGGCCUUAUCGCUGGACGGCAGAGAAGAUAAGUUAGGUGUAAUCUAUGACGAAAUCGAAUGUGAUAUGCAACUGGUCGGUGUGACCGCCAUAGAGGAUAAGCUUCAGGACGGAGUACCGCAGACGAUCGCCAACCUGCAGAUGGCUGGUAUCAAGAUCUGGGUACUAACAGGAGAUAAGCAAGAAACGGCAAUCAAUAUCGGAUAUUCAUGUCAGCUUUUAACGGAUGACAUGUUGGACGUAUUUAUCAUUGAUGGACUAACAAAGGCAGAAGUGGAACAGCAGCUUCGCAAGUACAUGGAAUCAUUGCGCAUUGUAAAUACCUAUCAUCCCACAACUUUACCAAAAAAUACGCUUAAUCAGAACAGUGGUCUGACGUCGGGACCCACAGCCAACGGAGGUAACAGCGGGAGUUCGGGGCCGAUGAUAGAGAUCCAGAACUCGUCACCGCCAUCGGUAUCGGUGGUGACUUUUAGGUGGGAUAAUAGACAUAAAUAUACAAGUAUAGGAGGAAGCGAAGAAGCGCCGGAAAGUGUUAACUGUAGCAACUACUCCGACGGACUUGGCAAAACGGAUACCUCGAUGUCCGACCUGGACGAAGGCGCAGGCGUUGCCCUGGUCAUCAACGGCCAUUCGCUGGCGCACUGUUUGCAGCCCGAUAUGGAGACCAAGUUCCUAGAGAUUGCUUCGCACUGUCGGGCGGUAAUCUGCUGUCGAGUGACGCCACUGCAGAAGGCCAUGGUCGUAGAGCUGAUCAAACGAUCCAAGAACGCCGUAACGCUGGCCAUCGGUGACGGUGCCAACGAUGUUUCCAUGAUCAAAGCGGCCCACAUUGGAGUGGGCAUUUCGGGGCAGGAAGGUAUGCAGGCAGUGCUGGCCAGCGAUUACUCGAUAGCUCAGUUCAAAUUCCUCGAAAGACUGCUUCUAGUGCAUGGACGGUGGUCCUACUAUCGAAUGUGUAAAUUUCUGCGCUAUUUUUUCUACAAAAACUUUGCAUUCACGUUGUGCCAUUUUUGGUAUGCAUUUUUCUGUGGCUUCAGUGCUCAAACGGUGUUCGAUCCGAUGUAUAUAUCAGUGUACAAUCUGUUUUAUACGUCGCUACCGGUGUUAGCGUUAGGUAUUUUUGAGCAGGACGUUUCAGAUAAAAACAGCGUCGAGUAUCCGAAGCUCUAUACUCCCGGAAUCACCAAUGCCUUAUUCAACACGACCGAGUUUAUUCGGAGUGUGCUGCACGGUAUUUUCAGCUCGUUGAUUCUGUUUCUAAUACCUUACGGCACUUAUAAGGAUGGAAUCUCCCCAGAUGGUUAUGUACUUAACGAUCAUAUGCUGCUGGGAUCAGUGGUAGCCACAAUUCUGAUUUUGGAUAACACUGCCCAAAUUGCCUUGGAUACAUCCUAUUGGACCGUGUUCAACCACAUCAUGAUUUGGGGUAGUCUACUGUGGUAUCUUUUCCUAGACUAUUUCUACAACUACGUCAUAGGCGGACCGUACGUGGGAUCGCUGACGCAAGCUAUGAAAGAGGCUACCUUCUGGUUCACAACGGUAUUGACGGUGAUCGUUCUAAUGGUGCCGGUUCUGGCGUCUAGGUUCUACUUUGUUGAUGUGUUCCCUGGUCUAUCGGAUAAGAUCCGUGCCAAGCAGCGAUUAGCUCAACUGCGAUCGAGACAGAGCAAUGAUGUCCUUCGGACACCUUCAGCCAGGCGAGCCAGACGAUCGCUUCGAUCCGGGUACGCUUUUGCACAUCAGGAAGGAUUUGGCCGGCUCAUUACGUCCGGUAAGAUCAUGCGCAAACUGCCUCAAGAUUUUGCAUUCCCGCUGGGAUUAGGUAGCAAGAAGCAACAGCAAGCAAAUAUGAUUGCCGCCGAUGGAGGCACACCAGGAAAGAACAGUAGCACCCUCCUCAACAACGGUGCCAGCGGCAACAACGGUAAUAACAACAACAAUAACAACAACAAGAGUACCAACAAUGCCAACAAUAUCAAAGCGAGCGACAACCUGACGCUCAAUGGAAGUCAGAUCACCAAUCUGCCAGGUAGUUCGAACAGUGGACACAGCCCGCGGGCGCCCUGCCAGGACUUGGACACGAUCAAUCUGUGAGACGGUUAGUUUUAGGCAAAUGACAAGAAGUAAAGUUACCUGCUUAAUUUAAAGGAAAUAAGGUUUUAAAA